CUCACACACACACACUCUCUCUCUGUCUCUCUCUCUCACACACACACACUCUCUCUCUGUCUCUCUCUCUCUCUCACACACACUCUCUCUCUGUCUCUCUCUGUCUUACACACACACACACUCUCUGUCUCUCUCUCUCUCUCUCUCUCUCUCUCUCUCUCACACACACACACUCUCUGUCUCUCUCUGUCUCACUCACAAACACACACUCUGUCUCUCUCUGUCUCUCUCUGUCUCACACACACACACUCUCUCUCUCUCUCUCUCUCUCUCUCUCUCACACACAUAAGAUUGAAGAGUGUUUGUCAUUUCCCCCACAUGUAUCUGACGCAGUACAGAUUGAAAUGAAACGUUUCUCCAGGACCUGGUGCUACAGAAACAUACAACAUAAAGAUCAAACACAAGAACAACACAGAGCUAGGACAGGAGUUUGUCUUAGACACAUAAAGUGCAGGGUGUGGAACUAGGUGCAAACAGAGCAAUGAGAAGACAGUGCAGAAAGACGACAAAAACAGGACAGUGCUGAAAAAGAACAUGUGUAAUGAAAUGAAAUGAAAUGAGGUCGACCCCUGAGUUCCGGUUGGCCGUGAGCGCUCUGGUGCAAAAUGGAUUUCUCUCACCUGAGGAGGAUCUGCUGGAUCAAACCGAGCGCCUCGCCAGACAGCUGAAAGUGAACAGUGUGAUUGAGGAGGUGACCACAGGCCGAGGAGUCAUCAACUUCAGGGUCAACAAACUGCUGCUGGCUCAGAAGGUUUUGUCAGAGCUCCGUGAGGAUCCUCAGACGUUCGGUUUGAAGAGUGAAAUCCUCAGAACCCUGCCGAGGGGGAGAACACUGGUGGAAUACAGCUCACCAAACAUCGCCAAAAAGUUCCAUGCUGGUCAUCUGAGGUCCACCAUCAUUGGUCACUUCAUCGCCAAUCUUAAACAGGCUCUGGGAAACGAUGUCAUAAGAGUGAAUUAUUUAGGAGACUGGGGCAUGCAGUUUGGGCUGUUGGGGGUGGGGUUUCAGAGGUUGGGUUCAACGGAGAAGCUGAAGGAGAACGCACUGCAGCACCUGUUUGAGGUGUAUGUCCAGGUGAAUCGGGAGGCGGAGCAUGAUGAGAGUGUCAGAUCGGAUGCUGCAGACUUCUAUAGACGUCUGGAGCAGCAUGAUGAACAGGCGCUGUUGCUAUGGAAACAGUUUAGAGAAAUUACAGUGCAGGAGUACAAGAGGAUCUAUCAGCGUUUAGGUGUGCACUUUGAUCAUUACUCAGGUGAAUCUUUCCAUCAGAGCAAAACUCAGGAGGUGUUGAAUGACCUGCGGAAACUUGGCCUACUGAAGACAACAGAGAAAGGAACAGGAGUGGUGGAUCUGAGUGAACAGGGAGACAUGUCGUCUUAUUCCACCGUGAUGCGCAGUGACGGAACAUCGCUCUACAUCACCAGGGACGUGGCAGCAGCUCUGGAUCGCAAACAGAUAUUUGGCUUUGAUGAGAUGAUCUACGUGACAGAUAAGAGUCAGUCAGUCCACUUCCAGCAGCUCUUCCAGAUCCUCCGUGUGAUGGGACACCACUGGGCCCACAGAUGUGUGCAUGUCCCUUUCGGGUUGGUGAAGGGGAUGAGUACACGGCGUGGGGAUGUGGUGUUUCUGGAGGAUGUGAUCGAUGAGGCACAAAACAGAAUGAUGCACAACAUGAACCAGUCCAAAACGUCUAAAGCUGUGUCUGAUCCAGAGCAGACAGCAGAUCAGAUCGGAAUCAGCGCUCUCAUCAUCCAGGAUUUUAAAGGUCCCCUGAUGGCUGAUUACGUGUUUGAUUGGGAGCGAGUGUUACAGGCUCAGGGUGAUACUGGUGUCUUUCUGCAAUACACACACGCUCGCCUGUGCAGUCUGUUGAGGACACACGGAGACGAGACUCUCACACACUUGGACGCGUCUCAUCUUCAGGACCAGAGGAGUGUCUCCGUCCUGCAGCACUUACUGAGAUACGAUGAGGUUCUGCUUCAGUCUGCGCUCGAGCUGCAGCCACGCUACCUUGUCAGCUACCUGCUCAUGCUGUGUCACCUGGUGUCCUCGGCACAUAGACAUCUCCCGGUGAAAGGAAGUGCUACAGACGUGGCUCAGGCCAGGCUCCGCCUCUUCUCAGGCACAUGCUCAGUGCUGGCCAGUGGGAUGAAGAUUCUGGGUGUGUGUCCGGUGGAGAAAAUGUGAAACACGAUGUGUAGAAGAAUUUAUUUUGUAAACUGUGUGACAAUAAAAUGAUUAAAAAAAAUAAACACAGAGAGAGAAGAGGA